AUGACUGCCGAAGGAGCCACCUCUAGCGUUCUAGCCGCUUGUGAACACAGGACAAAAAAGAGUCUGUUCAAGGCGAAGGAAGUGCGGAAAAAGCUGAAGACGUGUAAGCGGUCUUGUGAGGAAUGUGAACGGAAUCUCAAAAAUGGAACAGUUCCGGAAAAUUCAAACGCGGAGGUAUUUGUCUGUGUCUCAUGCGGUUGCCUUACUUGUGCUACUCAUGCCAAGAAACACUGGGAAGCACCUCGCACUGGGGAGAAACAUCCUCUUCUGUUUAAUCUCGAGAGCUGUCAAAUCAGGUGUGAAGCGUGCGACCUGGUGCUUUCAGCUACAGAUGAUCCUCAAGAUCUCGUCAAAUUGUUUUGUAAUGAAUAUAGGUCAUUCGUAAAAACCAAAGCCGAACCAAAAACGAAUCGCAAGGUGAUAGAUAUAAAGUCACCUUCUAAUGAAGCCGCGCAUGAUCGGGAUAUAAAGAUUGAAACUACUCGUUCUACACAAGCUAGUGCAGACGUACCGCUUACUAAUACGAAGAAUUCAGUGUCCCAUGAAAUUGGGAGGAAACGUGGUAUUCCCACGGAUUAUAUGAUUCCUGCUAAGGGCCUUGCGAAUUUGGGAAAUACUUGUUUUUUCAACAGUGUAAUGCAGUGUAUGAUGCACACUCAUCACCUCACUUACUACUUUCUACGUUUCGGAAAAGUUUCUUGUCUGUACUUUCGUGAAGCACAAACAGUUGUGGUUAACGAAGAAAAAGUCGAUCUUGAGCCAGCUACGAUUGCCGUCCCUUCUGAAGCUACCCCGCUGAAUGCGGUUCUUCGCGGAUUCAUAGCGGAAUUCCAUUGCGGUGCCACGCCUUCUCCAGGACCGGUGUUUUCACAAAUAUCGUGCAAAACUCCUCGAUUCAAAGGGUACCAACAGCAAGAUGCCCACGAACUUCUUAGUUUACUGAGUGCUACUGAAGAUGCAAAACCAAUACCCAAUGAACCGAGCUAUCUCCAAGCCGCUGGACGCCCACUUUUGGACAUGGUGUUUGGUGGUACACUACUGCAGACAAUUCUUUGCUCUGAAUGUGGCCACGUCAGCGAACGCCAUGAGCAGUUUUUGGACUUAUCCAUCCCAGUCACAAUGAGCGGAGUCGGUCGUUUUCGAUCAAGCCGUGCGACAAUAACCGCCAAUGAUGGGCAUAAAGGAAAGAAGAAAGUUCUGGUUGGUCCACCCGAGGAGUAUACAGAUGGGGUGUGCAGUAUAGGUUCGUGCCUUCUAGAGUUCACCGCUGCAGAACAACUGCAAGGUACCAACGCUUACGAAUGUGAAAAGUGCUGUGUUCCACGAAACAAAAAGUUGAAAGCAAUCGGCAGUCAGAAGAAACGCGUUUGUGCUUUGAAACGUUACCUCAUAUAUGAGCCACCGGCUGUGCUCACACUUCAUUUGAAGAGGUUUCAACAACUAGAGAAUGUCUGGAGGACGUCAACAAGGAAGCUCAGUGGUCAUGUAUCUUUCCCGAUGAUGUUUGACAUGGCCCCGUUCUGCUGUAGAAAUGUGGAGCGCUUGGCUCCUGGAGAAAAACGAUUGCUUUACUCGUUAUACGGAGUAGUUGUUCAUUCUGGUAGCCUGUCUGGUGGUCAUUACAUUGCUUACGUUAAAAGUCGUCGUAGGUCAAAGCAGGCUCAUGUGUUUCUGGAAUUCGCACGAACUACGUGUGCUGAUUCAUUGUCCUAUCAGAAUGGAACCACUAUCGAGGAUCUUUGUGGUAAUUCUGAUGUAGAAAAUGAUGGACAGUGGUACUAUUGUAGUGAUAGUCAAGUAUUAGCUGUUAAUGAAAACCGUGUUCUUUCAGCUGAAGCAUACAUUCUUUUUUAUGAGCGGGUGCUAUAG